AUGGAGUCCUACUCGCCAGAUCACUAUUACCAAGUUCUGGAUGACCUGUAUAAUAUCCAACAAAACAUUACAGCAGAUACUUUUAAUUUCUUUUACACCUUGAUGGAAGAAAGAGAUGAACAGAACAAGUUUGGCGAACCUAUGAUGUGGAUUGGGAUAUAUAUCGCAAUAGCUACUCUUUUCUGCAUCUUACCGAUGCUGGCUGAUCUAUUACAUGGUUUUAAAGCCAAAAAACUAUGGUUUCCAUGUAAAUAUUUCACUCUGAAUGCCGCUUCUCUCUCUGUGAUAGCUGUCGCAAUGAAGCUACCCAUGGAUCUAAAUAAUCCAAUGUCAGGUUUUGCAGACCAGGCUGCAAAGGUUGUAAGCAUGGGAUUCAUGAUCACCAUGAUGGCCAACUUAUUGCCUUCCUUGGCAUCCAUGGACGGCAAGGAACUUCUCACAAACAUCAUAGCUUUGGGUGUUUUGGUUAUCACCAUGGUUGUGAAUGUUUGCAUUCAAUUACGAACCGGUGUUGUAGGCUUUCAUUUCUUUCCUUUUAUGGCAACCCCUGUUGUGGUUAUGUUAUCCUUGAUGCUUAUGUUGAUGCUUAUGAUAUAUACGAGUUCAGCUUUAACAAUUCUGAAGUCUAAACAAAUACUGGAGUCAAAAUACCAAGCUAGUCAUGAAAAAGCUUUGAAUGAGCUGGCAGUGCCAGGACGACUAACGGUUAAGAAGCUAAAGCAACAUGUGACCAACCACUGGAUCAUGGCAGAAACUGGAAACCCCCAAUUCAUAGUAGCGUGCUCUGCUACAAACUCUGGUGCUGGGGUAGUAUGCACUAUAAUCACUCUUCUAUAUGUAUUUCUUAUUGUUAUCAUAUUUGUAUUCAACAGUCAACAACGUAUAUGGGAUUGUGAGUCAGAUUAUAAGUGGUCGACUUCAGUAAUUCUCAUAAUGCAACUUAUAGGGAUACUUACGGGUACAAUUGCCCCCAUUUCUAGAUGUUUUGCAUCCUUAAACUUAAAGUUUUCCAGAAAAUGGAUUUGUAGUCAUAUCAACGUCUUUAAAGUAGAGAGCUACUAUACACAAAAGCUAUACGAUUGGAAACGGAGCAGUAUACCACUUUCAUUCAAAAGCCGGAGAUACAAAAUUGUCAUUCACAAUAUGAAAGUACUAAUUCUUAGUUUUUGUAUAGGACUUCAAAUGGCAAUUGUGGUAGCAUGCAAGAUCACAUCAUUGAUCCUAAUACUUUUUGUUAUUUGUGUUUUGUUCUGUUGGAAGUGGUUGAAGGCCAUGUUUAGUGCCUUACGUUUUGCGUUGAGAAAAGAGCGUCAACAAUUACAACAAAACGAACAUCCGACGCAGUAUAUUUUGCAACUACAAGAUGAUGUGCAGCUUGCUGAUAGAACGAUGAAAGCCAUGUUAAAUUCUAUGAACCACUUGAUCCAAAAGGCCGAAAGUCAAAAACCUGUCGAUCUAAUGAAGCUUCUUAAGGGAUCUAGCGGUUAUGAAGGAGUUGGAAUGUAUGACAUGCAUCAACUUCCACCUUUAACUGCAGAUAAAUAUUUAGAUUGUUGGAGCUUAACAGUGGUAAAUUUGACAACCAUUGCCAUUUCUCUUCGUAGCAUCCAGAAAGACAUAGUUCAUAAGUUGCUGAGUGGUGUGAGUGAAGGUCUUAAAUAUGUCACACAUGUUGAAGAAGGCCUCAAUUCUACUGAUAAUUAUGUAAACCUUCAUAAGGCGUCUAAAAUGUUGUGGCUAGAAGUUGAAGUGUACUACACAUGGUUAGGAAACAACCUGCAAAAAGUUGCUACUCAAGUACAUUCAGUGGAGCGAAUACUUCAAUGGUUCACGGAUACAGCUAAAAACCUGAUCACCGAGGUGGAAAAUACAAAUAUUGAAGUCGCAAAUGAUAACUUGAUCUGUCGUACUGUUUCUGCCAAUUCAAUGUAUUGUAUUACUCAAGCAAUCUUACGUUCUUACCACGACAACAAUGACAUUGACAUUCACGAGGUAACAGAACACGACCUAUUUAUGCAAUUAUCAUCAAUGAUCUCAGACAUAUUAGCUGCUUGUCUCACCAACUUACCCCAAGUCAUAACAUUAAAAUGCCACACAAAAGCCAUAGAGAAAAGAGAGGCGAGUGUUCAUGCUGCAACCCAUCUUCUUGGUCAAACUAUGGAGAUAAUCAAUAACCUUCAAGAUCGUGGACUUCCAAACUUGAAUCCAGAUGAGUUACCAUCUAUUAACAAGUGGCGUUAUUAUUUUAACCGCAUUCCGUAA